GUGACACAUUGCUAGGUCAUAAUGCAUUUGAGUAUAUUGUGUGUUUUAUUUCUGGCACCCUGUGUUUUGGCCGAUGAUUGGGAGGAUUUUACUAAUAAUCUUGCCACGGACCUGGCCCCUUUGAUUACUCUCUUCGGCGAGCGUCUUACCAAACAAUUUCUUUCCGAGUCGAUAAGCCUUCUAGACAACAUAAUCUUCGCCUUAUCACCACUGGGCGUAUUGACGGCCGUCGUCUCCGUGAUUCGAGUAUGCGGCGGUUCCUCCCUUCGUGCUUUCAUCGGCAGGGCACAAGAAGGUCCCGCUGAAGCUGAAAGUGAACUUCUACCUUGUGUGUCAGAGUCUACGGCCGAACUCUUCAAUGAAGGGGGUAUAUCGCGGGUCUUUGGUAGACCUAAGAUUGUGGAAAUUGUAAUGUGGGAGGAGGAGAAUAUGCAAGAUGGGAAGAAAACCAUCGAGAUUGGAACGCUACGCGAUGCUUUAAAGAAACGCGCUUGGUCUGCUCAAGGUUCAGGUCUUUCGGAUGAAGAUCUGUUUGAUCCAGCCCGUCUGCCUGAACUAGAUAUUCCCAAUCUGUCUUUGAACAAGGGAAUCAAGAGACGUGACCAGUUUUGGUUUCAUGGUGCUGCUAUAAUAGGUGCUUUGCUGCAACUUGGUGUCCUGGUCUAUGCUGCCCUCACCGUGUUCGCGUUCCCUGGAUCCUUCCAGAAAGAUGGAAAAGCCGUUCCGAGCUAUGCAUUCCCCUUUUAUAUCGUUGGGACUACUUUCCUGUUUAUGGGAAUGCUCUGCUGUGCAAUCAUUAUUGAGCGCUCUUCCAAGGAGUAUCACUUCAAGCCUAACAAACCUAGCAAGAUAUUCUGGCUGCAGCCCGGGAAGCAAAACGUUGGAGAUCAAGUCUUCAAUGCAUUUAUGGCUGUCAAAGAGGGACCACAGUCAACCAUGACGAUGAAAAUGGAGUAUAUCAAGUCGGUACGAGUCCGAAAAUAUGAUGGGAGGCAUUUAGAGAUCUACAUGACACUUUCCUCCACGCUGCUGGGGUUCAUCUUUCAGUUCAUCGGACUUAGAGGAUUGCACGCCUCAGUUAUCCUCGCCCAGCUGGGGUCAACCUUCGUCAUGUCCAUUUUGCGCACAUGUCUUCGAACAGAGCGGAUGCAGCAGGACGAAAAUAAAAUCAGAGAGGAGCGGGAGCUCGCAUCACACAAGCAACAGGAGUUGGAUUGCUUUACGUUUCAUCUCAAGGAUGCUGAGUCUUUUGAAGUUCUUGGGCCGUCAUUAAGAGAGACAGCCUUGACAGACUCAUCCAGCGGAGUCUCUCAACUGCACCCGUCUUUGAUCGAUCAACUUAUACAAACAAGAGCGCGACUGGCAGAGUUGACAACGAGUUCCAGUCACGGCUUGACGGUAGGAUGGGACCAAAUGCCAAUUCGAAAGGUAGCCCAAGAUCUCGCCCUUGUGAUCGAAUCGACAAUGGACCUCAUGUCAACCUGGAAUGUUGAUUUCGGAAAGUCUUUCGAGCUUCGGCUGGGUAUUGAGUGUCAAUAUCUACCUGUGGAAAGAAACUCCCCAGUUCGAAAUGACUACGCAAUUCGUCUUUCAAGAUGCGGUGAUGCUCUAAGAUGGCAAGUUGAUACGAAUGAGCUAGAGGCGGUUCUUGGUCUUUGGGUGUGGUCGUUAUAUAAAUCUGACGAAUCCUGGCGUCAGCCACUCAAUCGCAUGGUUGGACUCACAGCAGAUGAGGCGAGUAAGAAAGAGACGUAUCUUCUCUUUCAUAAAUGGGUCUUUCGACAGACCGAGGCAAGACUGGUUUCUUCGAAGAUGAUCGACUCAUCGCGGCGUUUAUUCGGAUUUGACGCCGAUGACUACUUUCACGACAAUGACAUUCUUAUCAUGAGAACGGAGAAUAAGCUUGAACUCAUGGCUGCUCAGGACCUGUAUAUCAAUUUCCUCCAAGACGCGUUUGAUUGUUUCAACGAACUUGGGGGAGAAACUGAUAUAGUCACUGGAUUACAAAAUACAUUCGAGGUCCACAACACACGAAUCGACGAGAUGAUGCACUGCUUCGAGAGAUGCGGCUUGGGGUCCCGAGAGGAUGCAUUGCUAUGCAUCGUCCCUGUCUUGCGAAAUAAACACCUCUUACCACAGUUCACCGCAUAUUGCACCAACGCUAGAAGGAGUGUAGAACGCUUGAUUCUGCAGAAUGACUGGAAAACAGCCUUUGAUCUCGUUCGGUGGAUCUGCCAAAGAACUGAAGGCGUUGAGUUGGAGCGAUCUGUUUACCAGCUUGGCUAUCUUUGUCGUCGGGCAUUGCUUGACACGUCCAAAGUCGCCCAAGACGUAGGAAUUGAGAAUACAUGCCGGAUACUUGACUCUGAUGUUGAAACGGACUUCUUCAAAGCACAAAGACUGAGCCCUCCUGCCAGGUGGUCAGUGUCGCCAGAAUACCAGCAAUGGUGGGCCAUGCUUGCAAAGCAGGUCGGAUGGAUUGCUUGGCGCAUAUCAGUCAACGUGGAAAGCAUGAAACGGACACAACCCGCUCUGAGAACGCGGCGAGUAGAAGAGGCGCUGUUCUCGCAACCUGGUAUCCAACACUUGACGGUUACUGCCGAAAAGGGAACAACAGCUAUUCAAGAUUGGCUCACCUUGAAUUAUAUCAAUCUUGACAGUGAAGCCGAUGCAGAUGAGAUAGGUUAUAAGUUGGCCCGUGAGGCUGGGUUUUACGGCCUUCUAUAUUUCAUCUUGGUGAGAUGGAUUGAGCUUGAUUCUACUCACCCAGGCCUCAUUCAGCAUGCCUAUUGUGUUGCCGCGAAGAACCAUUGUGACUGGGGUAUUCAAGUCCUUCUACAAUAUGGAACAGAUAUCAAUACACUCGACGGUGUGGGUGAAAGUUCUGCAUUGGCGGAAGUCGUUUUUCAUGGAGACUUGGAAGCUGCUCGCACUCUCCUGAAUAAUGGAGCCAAUCCUGAUGGAGAUGAACAGGCGCCAGAUUCCCGCCCUUUGCAAGUAGCUGUCCUGAGGGGCAUGACAGAGAUGAUCCGUUUACUGCUGGAUCACGGCGCCGAGCUAGAGAUUGAAGACAGUGUAGGAUUGACUCCGCUGCACCUGGCAAGCCGACAAAACUGUCUGGAUACUGUUCCAAUUUUGCUUUCUCAAGGAGCAGAUGUUGAAAGAAUGGAAUUGAAUAAAUACACUUCACUCCAUUCUGCUGUGUUAGGAGGACACCUUCAAAUGACCCAGCUGCUUCUCGAAGGUAACGCUGACAUCAACGCCCGCGACGGAAGAUAUGGCCAGAGUCCUUUGAUGCUGGCGGUCAGAGAUUCAAACGUCGAUAUUCUUCGUUUGUUGUUAGCUAGAGGCGCUGACGUUCAACUACGUGAUAAUGAAGGGCUAACUGCUUGGGACCAUGCAAGGGGAGCUCGCCGUGAUGAUAUCGUUGCUAUUUUGGAGGGGAUCAAUGGUGAACGUAGGCCAAUGGAUACAUAGUUGGAGAAGAUAUCACAUGACAGCGUUCAAUCUGAAGAGAAUCUCUGUACAAUUGAAACUACUUAUGGAC